AUGGCCAUCGCGGGCCUGGAUGAGUCGACCUCAGUCUUCAACAUCCAUCCGGACUACCGUCAGGUCGCGACUUUCGCGCUGGGUUGGGUUUUUGUCGCAAGCUUAAACAACAUCGUCUCCUCCGUUCUGGUUCAACGUUUAUUCGGUUUCAUUCGUGGCCGUUCAACAGCAGCUCCGGACCCUGAGCGCUCCUACGUCUCAGAGAAACUCUCCUUGCGUAGUCUAGAUAUUGAGAACAACCCGGAUAUCCGUCAUGGCUACUCGAACACUGCCUUCUUUGCGCUUCCCCUCUGUUUCUUAUUUGCCAGUGUCGCCCAGUUCGGCUCUUUGCUUGCAUUCCCAAAUAAUGCGGAUGCCGCUUGCGCCUUCGUGGUUGCAUGGGGCGGAAUGGCUGCACAGUCAGGAAGGCUUGUUGGUGCUCUUAUCGUGAUAUUUGAGCUCCGUAGAAUGGGCAUUGCAAAAUGGGAGUUUUGGGUCGCAAUCGUUUGGCUUAUUAUCGGGAUCGGAUUUAUCUUUCUUAACAACGCUAUAAGUGUCGGGGUCUUAACACAAUUCCAGCCUCUCGGUGUUUCGUACUGCGACAGAAAACAUUUCCUCCCCGCCUCGCUCGUUUCAUCAAUCCUCUACUUUUCGCUCGAGGUUUAUGCCAUUGCAAGAAUGAUACUCUUCCUUUCCUCGAAUGCACACAUGCGCAAGGUUAUCCAGGAUGUCCGGGUGUUACGGCCAUUAGCUCUAGUGCUGCUUGAGCUCCUCACGCUCGUUCCUGGGGCAGUCUUCACAAAUAUAGUUGCUGAAUUUGUUCCAUUUAGCAUCGGUGCAGUAGCUGUGUUGAUGGCUUUCAACGUGAGGCCAUCUCCGUCGGCUAUCCAGCAAUCACCACGAGAGUCUACUCUUUCGUAUGCCACCUAUCCCUCGGUUCAAUCUAUCAGACAAUCGAUACCUUUCUCGGUUACGCCGUCGCAAGCCCGCUCGACUAUCCAACCUCCCUCCCCAGCCAUGCCUGCCCCAGCAAGACGUCACCCAUUCGCUGCUAGUGCAUAUAUGGACCCAUCAUUUGAAACUCGUGAAGAAUGGAUCCCACCCACUGCCCGAACAACUCGGACAAUAGACUCAGUUGCUGCUGAGAGCAUCAACAAUGCUGUUGUACAAGUGGGACAACGUGCUCGGGCAGCUUCGCGUGCCGAUGAGACGAUAGGCAAAGGCAAAGGAAAACAGUUGGACUCACGGAUCGUGCCAUCACAGAUCGAAUUUGCUGAGCGCCUGGACUUGGAGACAGCCCAGGCCAAUUCAUUGCCUUCUCGUCCACGGCCAACAGUCAAUACACCUCCGCUGGACAGUGCUUUCAACGACGAUGAUAUCUCAGAGCUCAUUUCGCCUGCUUCCCGCAUGCAACCGACCAACUUCAGACUUUCGCGGGUUGUAGAUGGUCCGUCAAGACAACCACUCUCGAGACAUACCUCUUAUCGAACAUCAUUCAUUCCUGAUGAGUCUGAGCCGUCUUCACCAGACUCACGAAUGCCUGUACCCCUCCAUGACGCGCAAUCUAUUUCCUCCAGCGAGCGUAGACGGAGCGCGUCAUUGUCAAUAAUGCCAGAAAGCAGCAAUGACCACAGACGGACGAUGUCGAAUGAACCCAGUCCCAUGCCAGAACGGUGGCCAACAUUCAACCAGUCUCAAUUCCGUGCUGCUGGAUUUGGUGUUUCGCGUCAGUCAUCAUCGUCAUCAUCAUCUCCAUCUUCUGGUCGGAGAGCUCCUCCGCCAUUACCGAUUAAGACUUUACCACUGCCGGGUGCUGGCAUUCGAGCAGCUCAGGGUCCCAAAGGUCCCAGACCACCUCCUUCCGCUCAAGCACAAAGUCCCAGAUUCAAUCUCCCACAGUAG